AUUUCUGUUAUUCCCGAUGACUCAGAUGCUAUCGCAGAGGAAGUUCGCAACUAUAUGAACCGUUACGACUACGUAAUAACAUCGGGGGGUAUAGGUUCUACUCACGAUGAUGUGACAUAUGAAGGUGUUGCAAAGGCACUAAAUGAAAAGAUUAUCAUUCAUCCAAAGUUCUUACAAACCCUCAGGAGACUAUCAGAACCGAAUAUGAUUUCCUCUUCAGACCCCAUAACCAAACUUGCCAAAAUACCGGAGUCAUCUGAAUUACUAUAUGCAAUGGGAAUCCAGAUGGAUAGUGAAAGCUCUUAUCCUAUUGUCAAAGUGAAAAAUAUCUUCAUUUUACCAGGAGUUCCAUGCUUAUUUAAUAUGGGACUAGAGAUAAUUAAGGUCAUUGUAAUGUUUAACCCUGAAAAAUCAUUGGAUGUCAGAGAACGUACUGCGCUAAGAAAAACUGUUGGUGUUUAA